AGGGAGGGUUGGUGAAAGUAGCUUCCUUUAUUUCCUGAGUGGACAAAUGAAUGAUAAUGUGGAAACGACUGGAGGUCUGAAUCGGUAGUCGAAUCUAGUUACGAUCAGUGUUGGAUAGGAGAGAUGCCUGGGAAUUCUCCGCGUGUAGGAUUUAAAAAUAAAGCCAACUUGCCAGAUGUUUCACUGCUUCAUAGCCAAAGAGCUUUAUUGAAAAUAAUGGAGGCUUAAUAGUCAAUAAAAUUUAGUCACGGGCCCUUUGCGGAGUUCACGGAAGGAAGCACAAUUGCUGAAGUACAGAACCAUCCCAGUUAAAACAAUUGGGGCACUCAACAUGUUAGGGAAUUAAACUUGGGAAAAGUGUAACAGUUGAGGAAAUAGACAAACCUGGUUUUGAAUCCCAAUUCUUCCACCUCCUGGCCUCUGCUACUUCAAGACACGUUCCUUAAUCUUUGUCAGCUUCAUUUUCUUCAUCCCCGAGAUGAAAAUAAUGCCUGAUGGGAUUGUUCCGUGGAUUAAAAGAGAGAAGAUCCGUUCUUUAUACAUUGCAGGCAACUCCUUGAAUGUUCACUUCUCCUACUUUCUGCUAGGAUUUCUAUUCCAGAGGCUUAAGAUGUCUUUCUAAAUCUGGCCUUCUCUGUAUCUUUCCAGGAAUAUCUACUCUGUCAGCUCUUUUAGAGAGUCUCUGAAAGAGUGAGGACUAAAGUUAGGAACUGGAUGAUAUGGGUAAAGAAGAAUGAGUCAUAGGACACUCAAAAGUGUUUUUAGAAUGAGAGGAGUAUAGGCAUAUAUCCAGAGUUACUGUUUGCAGAAAUGAAUUAAUGCCAUCCAAAUUCAGCCAUACGUAUCUAUCUGGGUGGUAGUGCGCGGGCACUCAUGUCAGUCUAGGAGGCUGUAAGGGUGGCCCCGUUAAGUAGCAGCUGACAUCCAUUUCUUCCCUCAUCUCCCGUUCUCCCUUUCGGUCUCUUUUGUUUCUCUUUCCCUCUCUCCUCCCUUUCAAAGUGCCCUUCCUUUCGACUUGCCAAUCAUGCCCCAGUAAUCACAGGCCAGGCCCCUGAAACUCCAGGCUAAAAGAGAGGUUGCUGGUUGCUAACACCUGUCUCCCAGCUAAAUGAAUAGGCCCUUUUGUGGGCAGGAUGUUAAAAAAGCUGAUUAGUACAAUACUGGCUUAAAGGACCUAUUAAUGAUACAGCAUAUGUAAAUCAGAGAGUGAUUCAAAGCCAUUUUCAAGAUUUCUUUCUUAUACCAUAUAUUUAUUUUUUAUAUUGAAUUAUGAUGUUGGUUGAAAGUUUGUGUCUAAACCAUGAAUCUGUUUAUUGCCCAAACAGACUAAUUUUUGUCAUUUGAUUGGGAAUCAUUUAUAUUCUAAAGAAGUUUCUACCCUUAAGGGCCUUUGUAUUGUUCAGCAAAUGUCUAACUGGUGUGUAAUACAAUUAAAGUUUUGUUCACUGCGCUGCUGACAUAAUUAGUUUAAUUUCUGCUCCUUAUAUAUUUCUCUUGGCAGCUGGGAAAUUAAAAUACUAGAUGUUGCAUAAAACUGCUUUUUUGAGGGGGUGAUUUUACUGUCAGUUGAAUGGACUUAGGCCCCAGGGUACAUUUUUUAAGAUGUCUUAUUCAACUUUCCUGUAAUAGUCUUCUUUCUCUCCAUAGAAUUAAUGUAUUAAGGCACAUAAUUGGCUAUUUAAGCAUUCAGAAGAGACAAUGUUUGGCCUUUACCCCAUGAUUAUAUUUUUUCCUUACAUCUCUUUUGAGGAAAUGUGUGUAAUUUUUGAAACCUCUAAGUAUAUUACACUUACACGAGCAUGUGGACUUUUGCAAAGACUGGAGAGUGGAGUGGGUUUCUCUGAUAAGGUGUAUUAUUUAAUGCCCUCCCCAAAUCACCGCUCUGUUCUUUUUAGAUCAUAGCGUUUGCAGACCUGAUGUGAAAGUGGAGAGGCUGAGCUGCCUGGCAAAUCCUCCUCACAAUUUUUCUAUGAUAACGUUUCACAGAAAUGGCUCUAGUCUUCAGGAACAGAAGUUGCUCUCGAGGAGACUUUACGUUUAAUUACUCUAAUCCGCCCUUCAUUUCCUAUAGGAUUCUUGCAGAGAUUCUCACCAGGCUGCUGAUUUCAUGGAGUCAUGACUUUACACAGGUUUUUAGCUCUGUUAAGGCUUCCAGCCUCUUUUUGUGUUUUUUUUUUUUUUUUUUUUUUAAUGGAAAGUGACCUUGGUCUGGUAAUUUCUCCAUUGUCCUCUCCUAUAAAAAGAUAAGCAAAACCUUCUUGCAAUCUCAGCAGCCUUUUUCAGCAGCUACCCCUUGUGCUGAUUUUGAACUUUUAAAAAAUUUUGUUGAGCAAGUGUUACUUGACUUUUUAAAGCUGCCCCUCUCUGGUGCUGGGGGCUAGGCCCCCAUCUCCCAGUUUAACAUGCUCAGGCCUUCUGGAAUCGCGUAUAAAGACCUGAUUUCAUUGUCUCUGGGUUGUGGAGUGGUCAGGGCUCCCUAGGACAACUGUUUGUUUCCCGCAGUCCAGUUCUAAAGGGAGGGGAAGCCCAUCCCCAUUUGAACUACCAGGAGCCAGUCUGAUCGCUGAAAACAUUUUAACUGCCCUGAUCCUCUUGAAAGAAAUGCUGCCUAGUCAUCCUGAAACUUACAGGAAGUUAGGCCAACUGGAGGCUCUGCUGGCCUCUGAGUGGUUAAUGCAGUUCGUUAGUAAUCAGCACCAUUGUUUAUUUGCAACUGCUGGAUUAUGUUAAAAGACUUGCAAAAAAAAAAAAAAAAGCUUUUCUUAAGUAAAUGGAGCAUCCUUCUCUCCCACCCCAUCUUCUUCAUGCUCUACUCAUUUGCUUUGGAAAAUCUUUCCAGUCUCAGUCCAGAUGACGGGCAUACAGAUGAACAGCACAAGAUUUGAUCCUAAAAUGUAUAGAAGAAGUGUGUUGUCCCUCCAGCAUUUUCUGUGAAUCUUACCUUUUUUCUUUAUGAUAAUGUUUAAGACAUCUGCCUGGUAAAUAGCCUCAUCCUAUUUCUGCUUCCAACCUUUUCCUAGGUCCUGAGUCAGUGGGUCCACAACCAAUUAAUUAUACCUCCUCUUGACCAUGGUAAACUAUUAUUUAUUGGUGUGGAAGAAGAUUCACCAGAGCAUAAGGCUUUAAUCGAAAAUGCUGGACAAAAGGAGCAUUCUAGUUUGGAGAAAGAGAGCAGAGUGUUUCCUAGGGCUUGCUCUAGCAGCAGUAGGUCAGCUGAAGUUCAGUUAGUUGGAGGAAUCUUUAGUCAAGGAUGGUUCUACGAAGAGGGGGAAUUGGUUUUUUUUGUAAAGUAGCAGCCAUUGUUUGGGCAUUUGGGAUUUUUUGGAGGGGUGAAGAGGGAGAGUUAGGGGCUAACAUUUUGUACAGUUGGAAGAAGGUGGCAGGAAGAAUUGCGGAUGCUAGGACCCUCUCAGCCCAUACUGGGAAAUUCUUAGUCUUUCAGCUUCUCUCCUGUUUGCCUUGGUUUCUACCUUUUGGGCAUGACUGGACUUCAGGUACCAUUCUUGGUCAUUUUAUUUACUGAUGGAAGAAUUUGCUUAAUCAUUCUGAGUGCAAGCUGAAGUUUGCCUUAGCCAGUGUUUGCUACGGGACGGGUGGAGCGAGGGGGUGCCUGAAUAUUCCCAGAAAGCUUGACAAAGGCCACUCCACCUUCCUUACUGCCCUCACCGUAUAGUUGGACCCAGCACUCCAGAUGAAUCUGAAUCUUCUACUCCCAUGCCCACUGGUCUGAUCCAGUUAGGUGUUUCCUAACUCUCUGGGUUGUUGACACAGUUGCGGACCAGCAGCUUGAAUAGGGACAGUGAGCCAGCCAGUUAAUAGGGGACAUAAAAAUGGUAUCAUUCUGCCACUUUACCUCCAGAUGAUCUUCAUCAGAUUCUUAAACUUUGUGUGAUAAAAUUUUUGAGGGGUGCCUGGGUGGCUCAGUUAAGUGUCUGACUCUUGAUUUCGGAUCAGGUCAUGAUCUCAUGGGCUGGGUUUGUGAAAUCGAGCCUUGUGUUGGGCUCUGUGCUGACAGAGUGGAGCCUGCUUGGGAUUCUCUACCCUGCUUGCAGGCACAUAGGCGCUCUCUCUCUCUUUUUCUCCCCACCCCCUGUCAAAAUAAAUAAAUAAACAUUAAACAUUUUUUUUCCAUACAGCAUAUCAACAUGUCUCUUGUAGUACCAAAACUAAUACUGAAAAUGAAAAUACACUGACAAUUAUAUUUAAAUUGGUUUUUAUUUGAGAUAUAGGCUGUCCAUACCUGCACUGUACUUACUUUUGGAAAUGCUCAUAAACCGUAGCCUGAAAUCCUCCUUGUCUCAUCUUUUUAGAAACAACACAAACAUAAAAAUAAGCCACUGGUUUUAUUUGGGAGGGAUUGCAGAAAAUUCAAGAGUCUCUCUCCCCCUCUCUCCCUACAUCCCUCUCUCUCCCCAUCCCUGCUUGCACUCUCUCUAAAAACAAACAAAACAAUUUUGAUGUCAUAACAUGUACAUAUUUACAUGUAUUUUAAUUUACAUUUGGUCUUCCCAACCAAACAUCAUUUUUUUGGGUUUUUUUUUUUUUUUAACUUCUGUGCCCAACGUGGGGCCCAAACUCACAACCCUGAAGUCAAGAGCCACAGGCUCCACUUACUGAGCCAGCCAGGCACCCUCACCAAUGUCAUUUUUAUAAAUGGGGAAAAGUUGGGGCAUCUGGCUGUCUCAGUUGGUAGAGCACGUGACUCUUGGUCUCAGGGUCAUGAGUUCGAGCCCCACAUUGAUGGAGAGAUUACUAAAAAAAAAUUUAAAAAUGGGGAAAAGUUGAAAUUUGUUACAUAUUACAAAUAUUAUAAAAGUGUAUUAGGGGCUCCUGGGUGGCUCGGUCUGUUAAGUGCUGGACUUCAGCUCAGGACAUGAUCUCAUGUUUCGUGGGUUCACGCCCUGCGUCGGGCUCUGUGCUGGCAGCUCAGAGCCUGGAGCCUGUUUCAGAGUCUGUCUCCCUGUCUCUCUGCCCUUCCCCCAAUCACACUCCAUCUCUCUAAAAAAUAAACAUUGAAAAAUUUUUUUAAAAACAUUAAAAUAUGCUUUCUGUAAGUUUUAAUAUACGAAAUUAAAAAUAUUCUUUACCUAAGAUAAUUUAUCAGGGAUUACACACAAAUUGUAACCUUUUUUACUCAUAAAAACAUUGCUAUAAUAUAUAAAAACAUAUGGCUGAUCUCAAAUUUUAGUGUGCCCCAUAAUCCCCUGGGCACUUGUAAAAAAAAUUCAGUUUCCUGCUUCUUAGCCUAGACUUAUACAAUCAGUGUUUGGGACUGAGGCUUGGGUUUCUGACGACCAUAAUGAUGAUGGUGGUGGUGGUGGUGGUGAUGAUGCUGAGAAAUUCUGAAAUUACGAGGCUGCCUUUAUUUUGCAGAGGAGGAAUUUAAGGCCCAGAGGAGCUUAAGGCACUUUGAAUAGCAUUGUUCUAGGUGGUUCUGAGGACAUUGAUAAUCACUGUCUUCCUCAGCUGUCUGUUACCUGUAAAUGAAACAGCCCUGAGCUCCCAUCCCUGCUUGGGGAGAGAAGUUCCAUCACCUGGUGAUUUGCUAAUUCAGAACCACAGUGUUACUACUUGGAGAUUAGGUGAGGGAUACUUACCUUUAAUAUGUUUAAGAAUAAGUCAGUACAACUUGCAUUUGGUGCCUGGAUCAGGAGGGGUGUUUACCUCUUUUGACUAACCACUAAAAAGGAGUUUUCAACCUCUUGGCCUAACUGUGAGUAACUUUACUCACAGUUAAUAAAACCUGCUUAAAAGUGUAAGACAAAAUAAAAUAUGGGGAUGUGCAGUUUUUUUGAGGCACUAAAGUUUGCGGUGCCUUUUUUAGAAGCCUUUUAUAAGUAGUCUAGGAACAAAGCUUCCUAGUUUGUGUUGCUGUAAUGUCAAAAUGAAUGUUGAUGUGGAGCAGGGGGGGAUAAUCUCUGCAGGCUUUGCAUCCUGGUUUAAAUUGCCUAGUUGGAUAAAAUGUCAAAUUGAUAGAUUAUUGGAGCUGUUAUUUUGGUGGUUAAACAAAAAUGAAACUGUUUGGAUGUUCUCAAGGAACACUGCUCCCUGUGUCUGGACUUUGCACUGGAGAAAGUUUCAAUUGUUCAGAAGCAAUACUAGUUAGAAAAUGCAGCUUCUGUGGCUCCUUAGCACAGCUGUCUAAAUUACCAGCUCUGUUGGGGCCUUUGGACAAGCAUUGUUGAACACUUUUGGAAACAAUUUACGUUUCUGAUUCCAAACCGUCUUGGCUGUUCCCUGAAUAGUUGGGAAACCUAGAAGUGGAGAAAGAUUUUAUCAUGUGGGCAACCUGCUGCAACUGGUUCUGCCUGGAUGGACAGCCUGAGGAGGUCCCCCCGCCCCAGGGAGCCAGGACGCAGGCCUAUUCCAACCCUGGGUACAGCUCCUUCCCCUCCCCCACAGGCUCGGAACCAAGCUGCAAGGCUUGCGGGGCCCACUUCGCGAACAUGGCCAGGAAGCAGCAGACCUGCCUGGACUGCAAGAAGAAUUUCUGCCUGAGCUGUUCGAGCCAGGUGGGAAACGGGCCCCGCCUCUGCCUUCUGUGCCAGCGGUUCCGAGCCACCGCCUUUCGGCGGGAGGAGCUCAUGAAGAUGAAGGUGAAGGACCUCAGGGACUAUCUCAGCCUCCAUGACACCUCCACCGAAAUGUGCCGGGAGAAAGAGGAGCUGGUGUUCUUGGUGCUUGGCCGGCAGCCCGUAAUCUCCCAGGAGGGCAGGACUCGCGCGCCCACCUCGUCCGCGGAUGUCCCCGAGCAGCAGGCCUUCCUGACCCAGCCUCGCGCCAGCACGGUACCUCCUACCUCGCCUCACCUCGCCUCUUCGUCCGCACAGGCCACCUCUGUUCCCCCAGCCCAGGCUCAGGAAACCCAGCAGGCCAAUGGCCAUGUGUCUCAGGACCAAGAGGAACCCGUCUACCCGGAGAGCACAGCCAGAGCACCUGCUGAGGAUGAGACCCAGUCUGUCGACUCAGAGGACGGCUUCGUCCCAGGCCGGAGGGCCUCUCUGUCUGACCUGACCGACCUGGAGGACAUUGAAGGUCUGACCGUGCGGCAGCUGAAGGAGAUCCUGGCGCGCAACUUCGUCAACUACAAGGGCUGCUGUGAGAAGUGGGAGCUGAUGGAGAGGGUGACGCGGCUGUACAAGGACCAGAAGGGCCUCCAGCACCUGGUGUGUGGUGCUGAAGACCAGAACGGGGGAGCGGCACCGUCCAGCGUGGAGGAGAACCUGUGUAGGAUCUGCAUGGACUCGCCCAUCGACUGUGUCCUGCUGGAGUGCGGCCACAUGGUGACCUGCACCAAGUGCGGCAAGCGCAUGAACGAGUGUCCCAUCUGCCGGCAGUACGUGAUCCGAGCCGUGCACGUCUUCCGAUCGUGAGGGCUUGCACCGGCUUCUUCAGUGCCUUAUGGGGACGUAGCUUGAGGUGUCUGGGCUCCAGACUGGGCAGCUCGCGGAGGGGCAGGCUAACAAGAAAAUCUGCAGUGCUCGUAAGACCGGGGCAAGCAAGGAUGCUGUCACCUCUGGGCAUGCCUGUCCUGCCGCGGAGGCGCACCUCUUGGCUGGCAGCGCUGGAGGCCGGUGGAAACCGGAACAGACUGCACGGGCAAGUCCCUAUCUCAGUGAUCUUGGGGUAAUGAUGGCACCUGAUGAAGAGAGGACUUGCCAGAACUUGGACCGCAUCUUCCUCCUUUCCUCCGAAAGCCUAACAGUUUCACCCUUGUGUACCCCACCCGUCCUUCUGAGCUCCCUGCCUCUGGCCUUCACCGGUCAGAAGUCCUGGUAGAAAUGGUUCUCUUCCUCCCCAGCACAUUUGGAUUUAUUUCUGCUCUGGCUUUCUGUGCUUUAACCUACCUUUGCUAACGUCUCUGGCUACAUUGCCUAAAAUCCAUUUGUUUCUUCAGACCAAAGAGAUGUUAGCUUACCAGACCGAGAGUGAUCCUCCUUGGGACUGAAUUUGGACCGGUAAACUUAGCUCUGGUGAGAAACAAAACUCAACUGCUACUGAAAAAUUUCAAAGUCAUGAAGAGUUGCUUCCUUAAGUGCUGGGACUGGAAGCGAUGAGUCUCCUGACCCCAACCCUGGCUCCCAAACUGCUGGGAAGUUUGAGUCCGUUUGCGUGAGACGGCUCGCGCAGCCUCUCUGCUUCUCUAGGGCCCGCACGCCAUCCCUGUUAGCUUGAGAGAAGGGAAAGUGUUGGGUGGAGGCAGGGGCUUUCUGCUUGACUUUGACUUCUCCAGCAGACAGGGAUAGCAAACCACUUUCCUCUGAGAAUGAAGUCCCACUCUUUUCCAUGGUCUCACUGAAGGCAGAGAGCCUUGCUCUCCUCUAGCCACACUUCUCCUGAAGUUCCUGGAGGCCAAACCUCAACACCCGAGGGGUAUCUGAAGGUACCGAAUGAGACUGGAGUCAGCUGUUGAGCAGCCAGCUGCAAGUCUUAAUUCCCCAGGUUGGUGGGGACUCUCUACUCCCAUUUCCUUUCUCAGAACACUGACUUGAGGGCAGGUCAGGAAGAAGCACUCUCAAGGUCCUUUAGAAAGACCAUACAUUGAGCUAGAGGAUUCUUGAGCCCUUUUAGGGUUGUUCUACCACUGGGAGAGCCAAAGGGCUUAGGUUUGCUGGAGAAGCUUAGUCAAGAACCCACACACAUGCUAUCGAAGAGCCUUGUGUGCGGCCAUCACCAAUGGAUGAACUACACAAACCCUAGACACCGAGGGCCUUGGCAGACCACCGCCCCCACCCUACUCCCCUGCCGAACAGUCAAGUUCUCUCAGACUGGAACCUAGCAUGACUUUGGAAGACAGUGGGAAACUCCAAGGGGACCUGUUUAUCGGUACAGAUGUGCUUAGGCUUUCCCCCAUCAUCAACCACUAUUCCCCUUCAGAGGAGUGAAAUGAUUGCAUAAGGUGGUUGCCAGUUGAACCACUGGGCCACUUACCUUGACAUUACACCAAGCCCUGGAUGACUGGAUUCUGGGACUCAGCCUUUGUAGGAAUUGGGGGAAUCAAGAGGUCAGUGAGAGGACCUUUGACCUUUCUGCUGGACAGUAAAUAUUAUGGUUUACAAUGCGUACCAGUUGGGCAGAGAAUUCCACCACUUCUCGAUUCCACUGUGAAACAGGUCUAUAUUUAUGCAACUCAGUUAAGAUCUAGCAAUAACUUCAGGGCAGAUGCUGGCUCUCUCCCUAAAACUUGCUUUCACUGCUGAGGCCUUCCCUCUCCCCACCUCCCACAGUCCCUCUCCUAGACAGAAGUUACGAAUAAUAUCCUGAAGGUUAGUAACCUCAGUAAGAAUUAUAACUGGUAUCGUUUCAUUCUGGAGAAAGAAUUUGCCUUGGAGUCUUUUGAUCUAUUUUGACGAAGGUUUUCAUUCAGGAAAAAUGGUGUCAAACCACCCCGAUUUGUCGUCAUCCGUCAUUAUCAUACCAAAUAAAGGCUGGGAAUUCAAGAUCCCAUUUCAGUUACUAUCUAAUCUAGGUAGAAAACCUGAUUUUUCUGAGUAACCACCGCCCCCUGCCCCCGCCCCCACCCCUCAUGGAUCCUUGGGUCUUAAUUAUCAUGAAAACCUCUAAUUCUUCCAGUUAUUCCAUGGCUUUUGCUGUGAUUGUUCUGAGAUUUCAUUUGAGACUUGUUUCAAGACUUAGGAGAGCUGACUGGUUCAUAAUAUAUUGGAAUAGUUGGAUCCAAGCUAGUAAGAAUAAGCUGUACAGGAAUUCAUGCACAAUAUAUAUUGUAUAAAUUGGUUGAAAUCUUGGGGACGUGAAUGUGUUACUUCAAGUGGCUUAUAUUAAGAGUCUUCAGAAUUACUUGGGUGUUAAAGCAAACCCAAAUGUGUAUUUUUUGUUACAGAGCUCUGCUUUAUAAUUUUGUAAUAAAAUUCACUAUAGAAGCCUGUCUCAUCUGGUGGGAGAACACCAGAGGUCUGAGAGUUAAGACUGACAAGAGAGUUGAUACACCACAGGCUAAUCCCAGGCUGUGUGCACACAGGCAUGCUCUUGAGAGACUGCAUUAUUUGUGGAGAUGCUUGGGCCACUGUGGCCUUAUUGAUAUUCCUGUUCAACAGAUGAGGAAACUGAAGUUUGGUGCUGUUUUGACUUGUUCGAGGUCUCACAGCUAGAGUAUGGGAGAAGCCACGGAACAGCCUACGAGAGGACGGGAGCUGCGUAGCAAAAGAACCAGCCUUAAGACUAAAUAGCAAGAAACACCGACUGAGUUCAGACACUUGACACUGAUCUCAUAGAGAUGGGCCUCGAAGAUGUGGGCAGAAAGGAAUCUGAGGACAGCCAGUGUGCCCAGUCAAGACUUCAGGUGACCCUGGGAGACAGAAGGUAGUUUUUGGAUACAGCUGUAGUAGUUAUGGCUCAGAGGUCACUGAGCCUCGUGGGCAGAUGGCUGUGUGCACACAGGCCUAUGUGGGGAGAGCUAGAUUCCGUGCACAUCUACCCUGGGACUCGAGGAAGCAAUCUUGCCUGGCGGAUGUAAAGGCCGGAGGCUGAGCUGCAGCUGUCCUCCUUAUUCUGGGGGACCGGCUUGCUGAGCACCCAGGACAACCUCCUGUACGCUGCCAACCAGCAGCAUGUAAACCUUCUCCAAGGAGGGCAGGCCUCCAGCACUGUGCUGGGGAGGUGUAAGAUGAUGUUGCCCAGGGUCUGGGAAAUAUGAAGCUGUGUAGACAGUAUAAUCUCAGUGGCAGAAAAAAAACACGCAGGAGAGAGACUAGAAGGAAACAGACAUAGUACCUUGAACAGCGAACUGAAAGAACACCCAGCAAGACCGGGAAGGGCCAAAAAGGGCCAGGCUCAUUACUAAGAUGAUCCCCUGUGGCUGGCAGGGCCCCUCUGCCAUGAGGGCACACCUGGAGUCUAAGUGACUGGUAAGGGCAGGUAGGUUGGGUCUAAGUCAGCUGGGCCAAAGGGCAGUGACAGUGUCCUUUGGCAGAAUCCCAAGGGGCACACUUUGUUCUGCUGCCCUGUCUGGCUGCUUGGCCCGAGGAGGCUGGAGAAGGGGGUGGAAAUUUAUGUAGGUCAGCACUCAAAGGAGCAGCAGCUUUUGUCUCCACAAAGGACAGAAUAAAGAGAGUCUUAUUCUCAAUACUGAUGUGAGACUGAAUGGUGCCUAUUCAGAAACACCAGUGUGCUGGACUAGAGUCAGGGUGGUACCAACCCCUCCUGUCCCUUCCUCCCAACACACUUGAACCAGCAGGCAGACACCCAGACGAGGUUAUAGCUGGCCUCCAGGCCGACUGGCAAGCAGCCUCCCAGCGAAGUAUCACCUUAGUUGAACACACUGGAGGGGGUCUGGGGGAGGCAGUGGUCCUCAAUCUUAGAGACUCAGACACUCCAGCAUGUUCCAGAGGUUGAGGCUCAUGAACUUAACUCAGGAGAUGGACAAACAAGCCUGACGACCUGUUGAUAG